CCAUCGCAAACUAUGAUUGGCACUGUGGCACGCUACCACACAUAUAUGAUAUAGGAGUAUAUGCGAGAACCGAUCCAUCUUGGGCGGCUAACCAUUUGCAACAGCUGAGGUGCAUGUUCUCGUAUGUCAAACAGUGUGUGACGACUGAGGCACCUGCGAUCUCCGCCACCGCCGGCGGUGGCUAGACGUAGUACGGCUCUCAGCAGGAGCGCCGCACUGACACAGCAACCGGCGUUCCUCCACGCUGGCUGUCUCCUAGAGCGCCGUCCCGAGUCACUGCACUACGCACGUCAUCCCGAUCCACUCCAUCAGUAUCCACGUGAACAAGAUGUUCUCCGUGGCGUCAGUGGUAUCAAGCCUUGCAACCUCCGUUCUUGGAAAGGCUGCAUCCUUUGGUACUGACUGGGCUGUUAAUGAGAUCAAGUCAGCCUGGAACGCCCAGGAAGAGCUUCACAAGUUGGAAAACUCAUUGAAAUUUAUCUGUGGUGUUCUUCGAGAUGCUGAGGACAGGGAGUCAGCUUCUCAUGUCCUUCACGAGUGGCUGGACUGUUUGAAGGAUGCGGUCUAUGACAUAGAUGAUCUUUUGGACGAUGCGUCCACCGAAGCUCUCAUUCUACAAGUUCAUAAGGGUUUAUCUCGCAUUCAGUCUAUGAGCCUUCUCAUUACUGGUCCAUUCAAAUUGAGUCACAAAAUAGAACAAGUUCGUAAAAAACUUGAUGAGAUAGCAAAGGACAGAGGGCAAUUUGGUUUAAAUGAGCAACCAAUUAUUGACAGCCGGAUGUUCAGGAGCAGCAACAGGGAAACUCAUUCUUUCAUCACCGAAUCAGAUAUUAUUGGAAGAGCUGAAGCCAAAAAGAAGAUAAUUGAAAAGAUAUUGACAGCUAAAGACUCAAAACCCUUGUCUGUUCUUCCGAUUGUCGGUUUAGGAGGAAUUGGAAAAACUGCUUUAGCAAAAUGGAUUUACAAUGAUGUUCAGGUUACCCAGAAUUUUGAGAUGAAAUUAUGGGUUUGUGUAUCUGAUGUGUUUAAUUUAAAAAAGAUCUUGGAUGAUAUAAUACAAUCAGGUACAGGUGAAAGCAACAUGAAGCUAAAUCUAGAGAUGCUGCAAAGGAAGUUGUGUGAACUUUUGAAGGAAAGAAGAUAUUUUCUAGUGCUAGAUGAUCUCUGGAAUGAUAAACUUGCAGACUGGGAAGAGCUGAGAAGGCUGCUGUCUAGUGGUGGAAGAGGAAGUGUCAUUAUAGUUACCACACGCAGUUCAAAUGUUGCAUCAAUGGUGAAGACUAUGGAGCCAUAUGACGUGGAAAAACUGCCAGAUGAUAAGUGCAUGCAAAUAUUUACCCAGUACGCAUUCAGAGGUGAGGAAGAGGACAUGAUGGACCAACAGUUAGUAAGUAUUGGGGAGUCCAUUGUGAAAAAGUGUUGUGGUGUUCCUUUGGCAGCCAGGACGCUGGGUUCCCUAUUGUCAAGAUGUCGAGAUAUUGAAGAAUGGCGACAUGUUCUGGAGGACAAUUUGUGGAAUAUGGAGCAGAACACAGAUGAUAUCUUGCCAGCAUUGAAAUUGAGUUAUGAUGCACUUCCACCUCAUCUACGACCAUGCUUUUCUUGCUUGACAGUUUUUCCAAAAGGCCACACAAUUUACCAGGACAUUUUGAUUAUGUUUUGGAUGGCUCUGGGAUUGAUUCGUCCAUCUAAUAAACGCACUCAGCUACAAACUGGAGAGAAGUAUUUUAAAGAACUACUUGGGAGAUCUUUAUUCCAGGAUCAGUGCGUCCUUUCUGAUAACAGGGUUUUCUACUGUAAAAUGCAUGAUCUUAUUCAUGACCUUGCAACCUUGGUAUCCCAAAAGGAGCAUGCCAUUGUAAGUUCUGAAAAGGUAACAGUCUCUGAGAGUGUCAGGCACCUAGUUUGGGACCGUGAGAACUUCUCCAUAGGACUCAAUUUUCCUGAGGAACUGAAGAAGGCAAAUAAGACAAGAACAUUUACAAUCAGAUCAAGCUUUGGUACCGUGAGCAAAUCCUUCAUUGAUGACCUUUUCUCAAGUUUCACACUCCUCCGUGCUGUGACAUUUUUUGGAGUUGACUUUGAAGUACUGCCGAGUUCCAUUGGAGAUUUGAAGCACCUGAGGUACCUGCUUAUACAGUUUAAUGGCAAACUCAGAUUAUUGCCGAAGUCCUUAGGUAAGCUGGUGAAUUUGGAAAUGCUUCAUCUCUAUGGCUGCAACCAGUUAGAGGAGUUCCCAAAUGAAGCUCGCAACCUUGUUAGCCUUGUAUACUUCAACCUCACAUCAAAGCAGAAGUAUCUAAGGCUGUGUGGUUGGUCCUCUCUCGCAAUUCUGAAAAUGAGCUAUUGCUAUGAACUGAUAUCAUUGGAAGAGGGUUUUGACAGCUUGAGAGCCCUCCGAGAGCUACUCAUCUUUGAUUGUCCGAAGCCGACCGCUCUCCCCUCCAGCAUAUGGCAACUCUCUACACUUGUUGCAUUGAGUAUUAGUGGCUGUGAAGAGUUAGAUUUGAUGGUACCAGCUGGGGAAGCCUCGGGAGGACUAUAUAGUCUUCAGAACCUGCAGCUUGGUCGUCUUCCAAAGGUGACACACCUUCCAGAGAGCUUUAAGUCUGCUUCUUCCUCUCUUCAAUAUAUAGAGAUUGUCGGUUGUGGAAACCUGGAGAGGCUGCCAAGUUACAUCCAAGAUUUCCGUUUUCUUAAGAGAGCCGUGAUUAACGGCUGCCCUGAGCUGAGCAUAAGAUGCGCGGUCGAAUCCGGAGAGGAUUACCCUUUUGUAAGCCAUAUCCCCGAGGUGUACACCGAUGGGACUCCACUGUCAAAAGCAAGCUCACCUGGUGAAGAACGUUCUUCGCUUGAUUGAGUUCCUCGGGUACCUAUUUAUCCGUUAAACUCAUCGGACAUCUAUUGUUUCUUUAACUCGUUUGCAUCUACAUGUACCGCAGUUAUGAGUUUGUGCCAAUCUAGUAAAUCAUGGAUCCUCGUUGAAGAAGUCCAUGGAGUGAGCUAUUCAGAGCCGAGAGCACGCCUUUGGCCUGGAUUCUUCGCUGUAUUUGUACUGUACCAUACAUAUUAUGAUUUUUCUUUGCGCGUGAUCUUGCCCUUUUCGGGCAAGAAACUGUACUGUUUAUGAAUAAUGCCGCUUUUCCUGCUGCUUGUAAUUUAUGUUAAUUCAGCGUCAUAUAGACAUCGCUACUGGUGACCGAAA